GUUAAAGGAUCUGCCAGCCUGAAUUCUGCUUUGAAAAGCUGGGAAGUCUCAUCGGUGUGGAGUUGAACUAGCCAUUUGACAGCUGUCUUGAACAGAAAUUGAAACAAAGAUGUCCUUCAUAGAUCCUUAUCAACAUAUUGUGGUGGAACACCAGUAUUCCCACGUAUUCACUGUGACAGUACAGAAAGCCACCAAUGUCACAAAGGGAGCGAUUGGCGAUAUGCUUGACACUCCAGACCCCUAUGUGGAGCUGUUCAUCCCAUCAGCCCCUGACUGCAGGAAGAGAACUAAACAUUUCAAUAAUGACGUGAAUCCCGUGUGGAACGAGACCUUUGAGUUCAUUUUGGACCCCAACCAAGAAAAUGUCCUGGAGGUCACUUUGAUGGAUGCCAACUAUGUUAUGGAUGAGACUCUUGGCACGUCCACAUUUCCUAUAUCAUCCCUGAAACUGGGAGAGAAGAAGGAGAUCCAGUUAACUUUCAACAAUGUCACAGAAAUGACUUUGGAAUUGUUUCUUGAAGUCUGCUCUUCGACAGAUCUUCGGUUCAGUAUGGCUCUGUGUGAUGAGGAGAAGAAAUUUCGACAACAGCGGAAGGAUAAUAUCAUGCACAGUAUGAAAUCAUUUCUAGGAGAAGAAAACAGCAAGAACUUGACUACUUCCCGAGAUGUACCAGUGAUAGCGAUCCUGGGUUCGGGCGGUGGAUUUCGUGCCAUGGUCGGGUUUGCCGGAGUCAUGAAGGCACUCUACGAAUCAGGAGUUUUAGACUGUGCGACUUACAUUGCUGGCCUCUCAGGGUCUACAUGGUACAUGUCGACUUUGUAUUCCCACGCGGAUUUUCCAGAAAAGGGACCAAAGGAGAUUAACGAAGAACUGAUGCACUCUGUGAGUCACAACCCACUCCUGCUGCUAACUCCUCAGAAAGUCAAACGCUACAUUGAAGCCCUGUGGAAUAAGAAGAGCUCAGGGCAGCCUGUCACCUUCACGGAUAUCUUUGGAAUGCUGAUAGGUGAAACACUCAUCCAUAAUAGAAUGGACACCACUUUGAGCAAAAUGAAGGAGAAAAUCAAUGAAGCACAAUGUGCACUCCCACUCUUUACAUGUCUCCAUGUCAAACCAGAUGUCUCAGAGCUUAUGUUUGCAGAUUGGGUGGAGUUCAGUCCAUAUGAGAUUGGUAUGGCAAAGUAUGGCACUUUUAUGUCUCCGGAUUUGUUUGGAAGUAAAUUUUUUAUGGGAACAGUAGUGAAGAAAUAUAGUGAAAAUCCCUUGCAUUUCUUAAUGGGUGUCUGGGGCAGUGCAUUUUCCAUAUUAUUUAACAGAGUGCUCGGAGUCUCCAAUUCUCAAAACAAAGGUCCCACCAUGGAAGAAGAAUUAGAGAAUAUUAGGCUAAAGCACCUUGUGAGCAAUGACAGCUCAGACAGUGAAGAUGAAUCACAACAUCCAAAAGGCACUGAAAACUCUGAGGCAAGUCACGAAUAUCAAAACAACAGCCAGGAGAGCUGGGUGCAGCGAAUGCUGAUGGCGUUGGUGGGUGACAGCGCCCUGUUCAAUACCAGGGAAGGGCGCGCUGGGAAAGUGCACAACUUCAUGCUGGGACUGAACCUCAACAGCUGUUACCCGCUCUCCCCUCUGGCAGACCUUCUCACUCAGGAGUCUGUGGAAGAGGAUGAACUAGAUGCAGCCGUUGCAGAUCCCGAUGAAUUUGAGAGGAUAUAUGAGCCACUAGAUGUGAAGAGCAAAAAGAUUCACAUAGUGGACAGUGGGCUUACGUUUAACCUGCCGUACCCACUUAUCUUGAGACCUCAGAGAGGAGUCGACCUUAUCAUCUCCUUUGACUUUUCAGCACGGCCAAGUGAUUCCAGUCCUCCUUUCAAAGAAAUUUUGCUUGCUGAAAAAUGGGCCAAAAUGAACAAGCUUCCGUUCCCCAAAAUAGAUCCAAACGUGUUUGAUCGAGAGGGCCUGAAGGAGUGCUAUGUUUUUAAACCAAAGGAUACCUCUUCAGAGAAAGACUGCCCAACUAUAAUCCAUUUUGUCCUGGCAAACAUCAACUUCCGGAAGUACAAAGCUCCAGGUGUCCCAAGAGAAACACAGGAAGAGAAGGAUUUUGCAGACUUUGAUAUUUUUGAUGAUCCUAAUUCACCGUUUUCUACCUUCAACUUCCAGUAUCCCAAUGAGGCUUUCAAGAGGCUUCAUGAUCUAAUGGAGUUCAACACCCUCAAUAACAUCGAUGUGAUCAAGCAAGCCAUGAUGGAAAGCAUUGAAUACAGGAAGGAGAAUCCGUCUCGCUGCUCGGUGUCUCUAAGCAGCGUCGAAGCAAGGAGAUUCUUUAAUAAAAACAACCUUAACAACAACCAUACAUAGAGGAUGCGCUGUAGGUCCCGCUCCUUGCAGGGGCUGGCUCUGUCUUCAUAACUGGAGUUGCAAAGACAUUGUGAAGAGUGUUGCUGCUCUUGAAAAGGGCUGUGCAAAACUCCUGAAAACCGUUUCUUGUGCAUUUUCAAGUUUCAGUAUGAUUUGAUACUACUUCCUUUCAACCUAAAAAUUGAAAACAUUUCAAUGCGCGGGCCAUUCCCUUUUUAAAACUGUGGAAUUAGGUUUCUUGGCUACAGAGUCAUUGGGUUCAUGGGGGGGGGUGGAGAUUGUGUUUUUUGUUUGUUUUUACAAAACUGUAAAUACUGGUUUCUGCCAGUGGAGCAAUUUUCUUGUUUUUCAUUGCUGUAAAUUGGGUGUAUCUUCAAACGCCUGAUGAGAUUUGAAACACAAUAGAAUAAAACUUUGGUAAUAGAGACCGUAUAGAUCUACACCUGGACUUGGGCCCAGAUGCCACCCCACUCAGUAUAAAUGAGAAAAUGUACUUUUAAUCUUGGCUGAAAAUUUAGUAAUCGAUAACUAUUGCUAGGCACUAGCUGCUCCCUGAUAUAUGAAGUCACUUAGCUGCUUACCAGCUCUGUUGAGGUUGAUUUCUUUUAGUGGAAGGGCUUUUGAUCACUAAUGACCAUUGGCUAUAUUGGCCUCACCAAAACUCUGUAAUCAAGCUGUGUUUCAAGUUUUGCUUUUCUUGCAUUAAUAGUAGAGCAGUGUCUCUUAAAACACACGCGCGGUUUUGAGAACAAAUGGGUGAAGAAAUGGGGUUUAUACAUCUCUGAUAAUAUUAUGAGUAGGGUCGUCAGCUGGUCGUUAACGUUAGCAGAGCAUUGGCGAGUGAUACCAAAGGGAUCUGCUUUGAAGUCUUUGAAUCUCGGAUAUGUUCACAAAAACUGAAGUCCACGUGGCUAAUUUUCAAUCAUACAUGUAUCCCACUCAGUAAAGAAAUCCAACCUCUUACAUUUUUUUCCCCUCAUUUUUCACAAAAUUAAAUUGUGUGAGUUUUUGAGCUGCUAGUACCUGUGUGUUAAGUAACUGUUAGUUGAUGUAUUUCUGGCCAAAUUGGUUUAAAAUAAGAAUCAUUUAGAGUUUGAUCGUCAUGAAAAAACAUGACAUUUCUGCAAAGGGACAGUGGCAAUGUUUACCCGGGAUAGAAGAACAUCCCGAGGUAAGAAUGUGAAGUAGUUCACCUGCUUAAGGGCUGUAUUUAAGAUGUAUUUUCACUACUUUGAUUAAUGAAAGAUCAUGCAUAGACAUAGAUUAUUUUAGUACCAUCUGAACAAGUGCUGAAAAUCUUCCUACUAGAUAACUGCAAACACCCAGAAAAAUCUUUCUUCUUUCUUUCUUUUUUUUUUUUAACAAAUGCAGAUUUCUCACCCAAAUCCUAGCAAUUGGUAGUUUGCUGCUUUUUUUGGCGGCGUUUGAAGGGGAAGAUGGCAGUGGCUGAGUAAGUCUGAGAGCUGAUGCAAAGGUAUUUGCCGAGGUGAUUUUUACAACUACUCACUCAUCAAAGCGUUCACUGUUAGUUCAGUGACUCUUCCUUUUAUUGCGAAUUAGUGAGCUAUUUUCAGUUGCUAAAAUCUUAAACCCAUGGGAAGGGAAGCAAUCUUUCUUUUAAUAGUUACUACACCAUCUCACCUUAAGCCUACAUGUAACAUUAUGUGAUUAAUAACAUUUUCCGUAUCAAUAGGUUUCAUCUCUGUUUGAAUUAGAGUAUGUUUAAAACCAGGAGAGAAAAUAAAAGUAACUUAUCUUAGUGCUGCAUAAUUUAAACAUUUUCAAUAAUUUCUUGACUACAGGAAGAAACUGGUACCAUUCUUUUAUUGUAAUAUUUUCAAUAAAUUUUUUCCCCUUUUGGUUAAUACGAUAAUAUUUGUAUUUUAUAUUUUACAAUACCUGCCUUCUCUGUUUUAUGGAAGUGUUUUGUCAUGCUUUAUACA